AUGUCCGUCACUAUGAGAUCGGCCAGCCUUAUGCGCGGCAAUUCUGUGUUGCGUCCGGGUUUAAUUGCCCGGCCUCGUUUUCCCGGCGCGCUGGGCGCAGCCUCGACCGCAAGCCUCCGGUUCAACGGCAGGGGUCUUCCUUCUCACGUACAAGCCAUCGCCCUCUUGGUAUCUCAUCAACGCGGAUAUGCGACGGAGCAAUCAACGUCCCACUCGAAUCCUUCGGACCUCCCUCCUCCUGGGUUCAAUGCCGAACAGGCCAAGAAGCCCAUCCCCUCAAACACAGAGCAGUCGACAGACCGGAACCAGCAGCUUGAUCGUCGGCCGGACCAAUCAGUCGCUUCAAAGGCAGAUGGCAAAUCGACGCCAGAUACCGCCGUUUCCAAGGCUUCGGAAGAAAACAAAAAGGUGACUGAAGAGAAGAAGGAGCAGAAGAAGUUGACCAUUGGUCAAAAGAUCAAGAAGGAGGCCCAGCACUACUGGGAUGGUACGAAGCUUCUUGCUACAGAGGUCCGGAUCAGCUCCAGGCUAGCCCUGAAGAUGGCUGCAGGCUAUGAACUCAGUCGGAGAGAGCAUCGCCAGCUUCAAAGAACGGUGAAGGACCUCGGGCGUUUAGUUCCUUUCUCGAUGUUCAUCAUCAUUCCUUUCGCUGAAUUGCUUCUUCCUGUUGCCUUGAAGCUCUUCCCCAAUCUCCUUCCUAGCACCUACGAGGGCCAGAACGCUCGCGAGAAGAAGGCGCUGAACUUGAGCUCCACCCGCAAGGAGGUUUCCACUUUCUUGAAGGACACCCUCCGGGAGAGCGGUCUGCCUGUGACGGCAGCCACUGUCAAGAACGAGGAGUUUGCCGAGUUCUUCAAGAAGAUUCGGACUACCGGCGAGACCCCGUCCACCGAGGAUGUCAUCAAAGUCUGCAAGAUCUUCAAGGAUGACCUGACUCUGGACAACCUUUCCCGCCCGCAGCUGGUUGGUAUCUGCAAAUACAUGAACCUCAACUCGUUCGGCACGGACGCCAUGCUCCGGUACAACAUUCGGCACCGGAUGCGCCAGAUCAAGCGCGACGACCGCGCCAUCUUCUACGAGGGAGUUUCGUCCCUUUCGGUGCCGGAACUGCAGAUGGCCUGCGCCUCUCGUGGUAUUCGCACACACGGAGUUUCUCCCGCCCGUCUGCGCGAGGAUCUUUCCAUGUGGCUGGACCUUCGUCUCAAACAGGGUGUCCCGUCUACUCUCCUCGUCCUGAGCAAUGCCUACGUCUACGCCCAGGGCGGCAAGGAGGCCGAAAUGUCUUCUCAGAUCGAAUCGCUGCAGGCGGUGCUGUCUAGUAUCCCCGAGGAGUUGUUCCACGAGAUCGAACUGGAGGUGCACAACGCCGAGGGUGCGGCCACCAACAAGCAGCGUCUCGAGGUCAUCAAGGAGCAGCAAGAGCUCAUUGAGGAGGAGAACAGCGAGAACGAGGAGAAGGGCGUUGCGGCCCCCAAGGACAUUGAAGACAUUGAUGAGAAGGAAGACGUCAAAUUCGAGGCGAGCCAGUCGGGCGAGGCCGCUGAAGCCAUCCGUGAAGGCGAGCAGGCCGAGCAGCAGUCUAAGGAUACGGCUGCCACCGACAAGAAGAACACCUCUGCUUAA